UGGUGAUGAAAUAUAAAUAUAUAUAUAUAUAUAUAUUGUGGGCAGCUUGCAUAAUAUAAAGAAAGAGAUCUGAGUUGGUCAUUAAGACAACAUGUAAACAGCACAACUGGAGCCUUACAAAAUGAGGUGGACUCCAUUUAUGGAGCUUAGCACGCUGCGUUUUUGCAACAACAGCAACCUGCCACAUGCAUGAUGUCUCGCUGUUUAAAUUGUUUAAAUCUGGAUGACAACCAGUCAGCACAGCCUCAGCCAAAUCAUGAGUUGCUGGAUCAAGGGACCACGGCUGCCAUAACUUCAAGUGAUGCACUUGAAGGUUCGUCCUCAGCAGGAACUAGUCAAGCUGCAAGAGGAGCAGCUGAAAACCUGCUGAGAGACGUGGCUAGUACAUCAAAUGCCGGAGCACCUUGUGGCAGAACACCCACAGCAAACAAGGGGGCCAAGGACAAAGUGUUAAAAAAUGGUGAAACACAAGGCAAUCCAGAGAGGGGCGUGUCCGCCACAGUUGGUGUACCCCCAUUCACAGAAAUGAUGAAUGGUCGAGUGGGUAUCUUACCUAUCUACGCAUACCACGUCAACAAUGGAUAUACUAUUGCUGGGACAGCUGCCCUACGGGUCUUAAAGAAUAGUAGACUAACCCUUGUUGCCAAGGAUAUGGCCCAGGCACUCUGGGGAAAUGCAGUGCUGUGUGAGAGGAGUUUUGGGGGGAGAGUAGCUCCAAGAGAUAAAUGUAACCCUGGCAUAUUGCCAAGGAAAGAAUUAACCCCGGCGAAAGUCAACCGCGUUAUUGAAACAGAGGCACACUGGGGCAAGAUGCGUCACGUGACGUCGCAGACACAAUUACGAAUAUAGGCUCCAUUUUAAGCGGUAAAAUCCAAGACGUCCGCAAGGCAGCAAAGCGUAGUUUAUUGAAAACCAAUAAUUAAUAAAAACAAUAAAGAAACAGUGUACCUUCACAA